AUGGAGCGGCCCAGCCAGUCUCCAGACCUUCAUCCUAUAGAACAUUUAUGGGAGGAGCCGAAACUUCGAGUUGCCGAGCGACAGCCAAGAAACCUGAAGAAUCCAUCCUCAGAUGUGUGCAAACCUGAGACACACACAGAGCUCAGAGAGCAUCUACACUUCACGCAGCAGGAGACCAACAACACUGUAACUUCCAGCACCAGCCCGAUCCGCCAGCUGUCCGAGAUCGUCAGGGGAUCCACUCGGCAAGACCGCCUUCAGCUGGACAGAAUAAAGAGCCAACUGUCAGAUUCCAUCCAGCGCUAUGGCAACGUGCAAAAGAAAAUAGCAGAUAAGUCGAAAUCAUUGCUCAGCGGAGGACAGAAAAAUCUCAAACAAAGUCCCCGUACUCCGUUUUCAGAUAUUGCGGAUGAUGAAAAGAUUUUUAAUGGUGGUGGUGAACAGUGGCAGAAGCAGAGUGAAGACCAGGAUUUGUCAGAGAUCACCGAAGAGGAUCUUGAGCAGAUUCGCAGAAAGGAGGAAGGCGUGAAACAGAUCGAGAGUGAUAUGCUGGAUGUCAAUCAGAUUAUGAAAGAUCUGGCAUCUAUUGUCUACGAACAAGGUGAUUCUGUAGAUAGCAUUGAAGCCAAUAUUGAGACCGCUUCCUCCAACGUUGAGUCUGCCAAUCGUCAGUUGGCCAAAGCCAGCCAGCACCACAGGCGCAACCUUAGGAUGGCCUGUGCACCCCGCAAGAGAAAGGAGAAGUUUUCUCCUUUGGAACUGGAAAUUUUGGUGGCCGAAGUAACCAAGAACCACUCGAAACUCUACGGGAGCGAGAGGGUCAACCUCAGCCAGCCGGCCAGAGAGAGGAUCUGGUUGGAGAUCGCCAAGAAGAUCAACGCGGUGGCCAGGUCCCCGAGGACCACCAGAGACCUGAGGAGGAGAUGGGACGACAUGAAAAGGCGGACUAAAGAGAAGCUGGCCAUUAUAAAGAGAUCCGUUGUAUCCGGAGGCGUCAGGAGCCCGCCGGGGAUGCACAACGACACGAACAGCGACGUUUACCCCGGCUACGGUGACGACGAUGACGACGACCACGAUGACGUUGACGUGGAUCUCGACGCGACUCACAUAGCUCUGGAGCUGCAGUCAGAUGAAGAGGAAAAUGGCCCAGGUUGCACGUGGGUGCCUCUUAAAACUAUAGAAAUGGUCACUACCGAGCCAGACCUGUCUGACCACCCGGUGAUUAUUCAGACCUCCGCGUCUUCCCCGUCGCCUCCUUCCUCCCCUCGGAACCGGGCCAAGUCCACCUACAUGAGGCGGCUCUCUCAGACGGCUUCGCACCCGCGCCGCAAGCAGCACGAGGUCUCCGAGUUCGAGAAGCAGCUCAUGGAGAGCCAGAUCCAGCAGAACACCCUUUUGUCUUCUUGGUACCAGCAGCAGACUUCUCUCAUGGUGCAGCAGAACCUCAUCUUGGAAAACCUGGUGGAGCAGAGCAGGCGAUUGGCGGACAACGUGGAGGUUUUAAACCAGACCUUGGAAAGGAUGGCGGACACCAACCACUCCCGCAGGG